GAACGUGCUGGACCUCUGAAAAGCCUGCAAGUGCCACAAGAAAGCGUCCAAAUUCUGCAAAAAUAUCUCAAAAGUACUUUGCUUGUAAAGUUCCCACACCAGCCUUGGCAGCAUCGUGGGCGAAGGAAGUCUACCAAGGCGAGACGAUGAUCGCGACCAAGCGUCUUGCUGACGCCAUGGUGCCAGCUUGCAGCGUUGGUGCGAGCAUCAAGGGGGCAAUCUCGCUUCUGGAAAAGUUCCUGUCGCGUAACUGUUCAGCAUGUGGCGCCUUGCAUUCCGCCAAGGGGGUGGAUGCAACGGAUGAGCGCAGGUUGGUCAGUCUCGAUGCCAAUGCUGUGAGCCCUUCGUACAGAGAAGAUAGUUCGCCAGUUGCAAGAAUGAUAGGUCUAUCAGCCCUAAGGUUUCAAAGCCCCUCAACAAACUCUUGGAAUAUCAUGCAAUCAUAUCGGAAUAAGCGGUUCUCCUUUUGUAUCACCACCUUAGUGGGGCAGUGGGAGAACCACUUGUGCUUUCACACCACCUCAGAAGAGAGGGACUGGCAGUCUGGAAACAAGCGCUUCAUCAAUGAGGGUCCACACGAGCUCAGGGGGCUGUACAUCCUCCUCCUGAUUCUAGGAUCUUCUGGAUUGACGCUAACCCAAGUUCAAGCAGACGCCACCCAGUCGAAGGCUGAGGGACUGAGCGUUCAGGAAGGUGACUCCCAGGAGGGUUUGCAAGUGCAAGAUCUCCGUCCGGCAGGUGACGUGAAGACAAACUCCCACACGGCACGGUGGCGAAUCUACACGGACACAGGCAGGGACCUCUUUUCUCAGGGCCGCCUGGAGGAAGCAGAGAAGUACCUCACUCAGGCCUUGGAGCAGGCGAAGCUGGGGUUCGGGGAGCAUGACCAGCAUGUCGCGUCAUCCUACCAGAACCUGGCAGAGUUGUACCGGAUCAGAGAAGACUUCGCAAGAGCGGAGCCGCUGUACGUAAAGGCUAUCGACCAGUUGAAGGCAACUGUGGGGCCUGAAGAUUUCACCGUCGGGCAGGCGAUGCACAACUUGGCUGGCUGUUACCUCGUGCAAAGGAACUUUGACAUGGCACGGGAGUACUACGAACAAGCGUUGGAGAUCAAAGGGAAGGCGUUGAGCACCGCACAUCCGGAGUAUGCCAACACGCAGUUCCAUCUAGGAGAGGUGCUGCGGCUACAAGGCCGGCACGACGACGCCGCCACCCUGAUGCGAGGCUCCGUCAAGAUUCUUGAGGAGGGGGGGGCCGCUCAUACGCCGUCCGUCAUCAGAAAGAUGGCGCGGCUUGCAGAGAUUCUGGUGGACAGACGCGAACUAGCGGAAGCGGAAAAGUUGCAGCGCAAGGUGAUCCACGCAGUCGAGAUGGUCCAGGGGCCGAAGUCCGCCGCCCUCGCAACCGCUUCGGAGAACCUGGCGGCCACGCUUCUAGUUGCCGGGCGGAACGACGAAGCCGAGGAGCUGUUUCAAAGCGCUUUGGCGCUCCGAAAGGAGCUCGAUCCCAACGGCCCCACAGUCGGCCGGGCGCUCGUCUGGCUUGCGGAGGUGACGGAGCAGCGGGCGCAGUCACACGAAAAGCGGGGGGACGCGCAAGAAGCUCUGCAAGGGUACGAAGCCGCGGCGGAGCUGCUAGAGCCAGCGGUGCAAACUCUGGAAAAGGCCUGGCAAAAAGCCGGUUCUGCCCUCCAGGCCGCGCUCCGAGCGGACGCCACUGCCAAACGGAACGGUUCCGGGGUCCGAGACGCAGAGGCGCAGCUGCGAAAAGCGCAGGCGGCCAUGCUCCCCAGGCUGCAAGAACUGGUGCGUGCCCUCUCCGCUUGUGGGCGGGUUGAUCUUGCGCGCGCUGAAUCAAAGGGUCAGAUCGCACCGGAGGAGCGGCGCAGGUUGGAGUUGACGGGGGAGGCGGCCGUGCGGCGCGCGCUCGAGCUGCUGACAGAGUACGGCCCCCUCAUCCCGGGGCUCGAGAAGCCCCUCAAAGAGGUCGCCGUUCAGGAGAAGGUGCGCGUGCUUCUCGAAAUGCUGCUCAGCGUCUGUCGACACAAGCGCGCGCACGCCCGUUACACAGAGGUUUUGGAUCAAGAGAUUGCUCAACUGUCGAGCAAACUGGAAGCUGUGAAGAUGGCGAUUGAGGAGGCACGGCAACUCGAGCGAAGGUUGAGCGACGCAACUCGGAAGCAGUUGGACGCGCCGACAGGUUGGAGGGCGUGGAUGAAGCUCAAAUUUUAAGCAUACGUACCCCUCUACAGUUGUGCACAAUGGUGUUUUCAAGCCAGAUCAUAUAGAUCCUUCAUCUGCAUAAGCAUACACGGGCUCGAAACCCUGUGCGCUAGACGAGAGAGCCUGACCACAAGCGAGUGAGAGUUUGCAUUCAGGCAGUCAUCCAUGCGUGAGUCAAAAUAAGUAGGGGCAUACAGUAUUACAUACAUCACAUUAUAAAGCCCGUACUGAAGCAUGGGGCUUAAUUGAGUACAAGGGGUUGGCAUCAAAUGCCAUGAUGCGCCCAAUCUGCAUUCCCACGGUUUAUGGUAUGGUACCGUUGUGAGCGGCGGCUUCGACUUGGAGUGCAUUUCGACACGUUUCAGAAAAUGUCGAGGACGCUGAUCGCGAACAGCGUUUGGACGGGGAGGAGAACGUCCGGGUUAUCAAGGAAGGCGGGGCCGGCAGAACUUACGAAAACCAGGCGCGCGGAGAUCGUUGGGCGGGGCGGGUGCUGGGCCUUUG